AUGCCAGUAGAGGACGUAAUGCCGGUGGGUUCAGACCCUGUUUUGAGGACAUUUUCGAGUGAGGAAGAAAUAGCUACAAAUGAGGGUACAGAAGUCACACACAACCGAUCUAAGAAGCCAUCAUCAUCAGAUAUGGCAUUUUACUAUGAAAGAUUAUUACCCUUCAGGUACGUUUUCCAAUGGUUAAAUCAUUCGCCUAAGCCGACCAAAGACUUCACUAUGAGAGAAUUUGCAUACGAAUUCAGAUCUGGAGCAUAUCAACGGUACAACUCCUACAUGACACUUGACGAAUUCAAAAAAUCUGUUGUCAAGGCCAACCCUACUCGUUUCGAAGUUGGAGCUGUAUAUUCUGUUAAUCCAAGAGAGCGUAAGAAUUUGCCAAAGCUGGCGUUAAAGCCUUUAAAUAAAGAGUUGGUAUUUGAUAUUGAUUUAACGGAUUACGAUGAUAUCAGAACAUGUUGUUCGGGAACCGAUAUUUGCAAAAAGUGUUGGAAAUUCAUACAAGUAGCAUCAAAGAUUAUUGACCAAGCAUUGAGAGAAGAUUUUGGCUUCAAGCACCUAAUUUGGGUUUUCUCUGGUAGAAGAGGUGCCCAUUGCUGGGUCAGUGAUAACAAUGCACGUACAUUGGACGAAAUUACUCGUAAAUCAAUUGUUGAAUACUUGGAUGUUUUAGGCAGUAAGCAAUCCAAAAUAGGGAAGAAGCUGUUAAACUUGAAAAGACCUUUUCAUCCACAUGUCGAGAGAUCAUUUAAUAUUUUAAAGCAAGAGUUCGUCAAUAUAAUACUAGAAGAACAGGACCCAUGGUUCACUAGUGCAGAUUCACUGAGUGAUUCCAAGGCAUGGGAGAAAGUCGAAGAAUUACUAGCUUUUAUGCCUGAUAUUUCUUUACAAGAAGAAUUACGCCAAAAAUGGAAAGAACAGCGUACUCUAUCUACGUCAAAAUCGAAAUGGGAAGAUAUUAAUACCAUCGCUAAAAAAACUUUAAAGCAUCAAAACCAAGUAAAUCAAUUAAAUGAAGCUAAAAAGGAUAUUAUAGUAUAUUAUAUGUAUCCAAGAUUAGAUAUUGAGGUUUCGAAACAGUUAAUCCAUUUGUUAAAGUCGCCUUUCUGUAUCCAUCCUGGAACUGGAAAUGUUUGUGUCCCUUUCAAUCCUUUAAAAAAUUUAUCUGACGAUAAAGACGAUGAUUCAUAUGGCUUUAAUCCAAUGAAUGCACCAAACUUGAGCUUGUUACAAACAGAAUUAGAAAUUUGGGAGACUAAAAGAAUUAAGGGAGAUUCAAGCCAACAAGGUGAUUCGGAAACUGAAUCUGAUGAUAGGAGAGUCUUAGAUUUCGAGAAAACAAGUAUGAAACCUUAUGUCGACUAUUUUGCAAAAUUUGUUAAUGACUUAUUGAAAGACGAAUUGAAAGUUGCGAAUAAUAAAAGGGAAAGAGAGAGUGAUCCUUUAGAAUUUUGA